AUGUUUUAUACGACUCCUGAAAGCAUGCUCAUUAUGUAUAUGAUGAUAUUUCUUGCUUUACAUCAUGCAGUGCAUACUCAAUAUUCAUUAUAUUAUUCCGAUAUUCGUUCGGGUUCGUAUUUAACAUUUGAUUGUCUGUAUGACCAAUUUAUUGAAGGUGGAAAGAAUGAAUACUCGUCUUAUAUAAUGAACAAGCAAUUGAUUUCCUAUUGUCGACGGCCUGAUAGUGAUGAACAAGAAGAAGAAAUGUCUGACAUAUCGGAUGAAAAUAUAGCAAACACAAUUACUUUUAAAGAACUGAGCAAGCAAGGUAUAACAAGUGAACAACUUCUUAAUUGGUCAGCACCUAUGGAUGUUGCUGAAAGAUAUGCAAUGAAUAAUAAAAGCUCAGAGUUAUUUUAUAAUUGUUCAUUCCCAUGGUUUGGAUCAAAAUGUCAAUAUCGAUUUGUAUACAAUACAUCUUUAUCAUUUCAUGAAAUUGUUCAAGCUUCUAUGAAAAGUCGUAACAUCUGGCGCAUAACCGUAAAUGUUACGACAUGCUAUCGAUUUUUAUCUGAUUGUAAUCGUGGACCAUGGCCCUUAUGUCUUGACUGGCGGCAAAUAUGUAAUGGCAAAGCUGAUUGUAUGCAUGGUGAAGACGAACAAGGGUGUGAAAUAUUAGAGAUGACGACAUGUUCUCAUAAUGAAUAUCGAUGUCUUUAUGGUGGUCAAUGUAUUCCAAUGUCAUUUGCACAAGAUAGCUCCUUAAGUGUUGACUGUCUCGAUGGAAGUGAAGAGAAAGAAAUUUUCGAACUCACGUCUUCUUCCACAAAGUCUAUUUGUUAUUCAACUAAUGCAUUUCGAUGUACAGAACGCAUCAGUCGAUAUCCUCAUACUUUUCCAUGUGGCGAUGGCGAAUUUUUGAGAGACGCUGACGUGCCAAGUUAUCAAAGUCAUUGUGCCAAUUGGAGAGAUAUGGAAGCGACCUUAGCCGUACUUACUUCAUUUCAUCACAUUGAAGAUUUGAAAUGUCGACAAGCAGUUCAUUGUUCAAUUUUCUCCAAUCAAAGCUAUAACCUCUCUCGUAAAUGCUCAAGUACCAGUAAUGAAACUUUCUGUGCAAAUUCAUCUUAUUUUCAUUGUAAUGAAUCCUUAAAAUGCAUUUCAUAUCAUCGUGUCGGUGAUGGAUUCAAAGAUUGUUACUAUGGUGAAGAUGAAUCAUAUCCUACAUGUCAGUUGAACAUUUCAAAUCGAUUUAAAUGUCCAUCAGAUUCAACCAAAUGCUUGUCACUUGUAGCGAUUGGUAAUGGAGAGUAUGAUUGUCCACGAGAAGAGGAUGAGAUAGAUCAGUAUACAUACGCUAGCCUGCAACAAACACCGUUUCCAUUGAUAUGUGACGGAAUGCCAAGAGCCGAUGAAAAUGAAACUGAUGAAACACACUGUGAAUGGUGGCCAUGUCAUAACGCAUACUCACAUUGCAAUGUGUUUUGGAAUUGCCUUAAUGGCGUUGAUGAACUUAAUUGUUCACAUAAUGAUUGUUCAUCGAACGAAUUUCAAUGCAAGAACAUACGUUUAAAUUUAAAUUAUUGCUUGCCACUAGCUCACUUAUUCCAUAAGCGGAAAGAUGAUUGUAGGACUGGUGAAACUAUUGAAAAACUCUAUUUUAGCAAUGAUACAAGAGAUGUUAGCGAAUCUUACUAUUCUUUUAUCAAAUCCAAAUGCAUUAAUGAAGACCAUAUCUGUAAUCUUAAUUCAGAAAAAGCGAAUGUACAAGAAGAUUUAUGCCUGACAAAUCAAAUAUUCCGCAUAGGUAUCAGUCGCAGGAGUGGAAUCUAUGAAAUCGACAAUAAUAGUACAUACAAGUGUGAUCUGGUAGCCAAGAAUAACUUAAUCCACUCUAAUAACAGAUACUUUCUAAGUCCUUCGCGACUUGGCUAUUUUCCAUUAACAACAUCAACAAUUUUCACUCAAAAUAUUGUCAAUAAAUUUGAAAAAGAAAAUAAUAUACCUAACAUAGAUAUUACAGUCGCUUGGUAUUGCUAUUAUGGUAUUCUCAUUCUACUCAAUGAUGCCAAUCAAACAAAAAAAUGCCUCUGUCCACCAAAUUAUUUUGGUUCUCGAUGUCAAUGGCAAAGUCAACGUGUUAGUUUAACUUUGCAGUUUAGAACAGAAGUUACUGUUGUUUCGCCAAUUAUUUUUCAAUUGAUCAUUAUGCUUAUUGAUGAACAAGGAAAAAUAACACCCAAUCAUGAACAAAUAACAUAUAUACCUGAUCAUGACUGUAAUACAAAAUUCAACAUCUACCUACUUUAUCCACAUCGUCCUAAACGUGCAUCGGCAAAUUAUUCGAUUCGUAUUGAUCUUUUUGACAAACUAACAUUAGAGUAUUGGACGAGUUAUUAUUUACCAAUUCCAUUUCAAUUUCUUCCCGUUAAUCGGAUAGCAACUCAACUAAUAAUUUCUGAAAAACGAGAAAAUGAACUAUGUAUCCUAUCAUGUGGAGAACAUGGUCAGUGUAUGAAAUAUACAAAUAUGAACAAUUCAUUUUUUUGUCGAUGUCAUCCAGAAUAUUCUGGUGCAUUCUGUAAUAUUACACAUCAAUGUAAAUGCUCAAAUGACUCAUUAUGUCUUGCCGAAUCUAUUUGUGUGUGCUCUUUGAACAAGUUCGGUCCACAUUGUUACUUGAAAAGAUCAAUAUGUCAAUCAACAAAUAAUAUAUGUGAACACAAUAGAUAUUGCAUAUCAUUGGACGAUCGAAUUAAUUUAAAUGCAUUUAUGUGUAUUUGUAAAGAAGGCUAUCAUGGUGAACGAUGCCAAUACAAAAAUAAUCGAAUCGAUAUACGUAUAGAUGGCACAAUAAUAGAAAAAAGUUCAUCAUUCAUUCUACAUUCAAUAAUAGCGUUUAACGUAAUUACAAAACAUGAGCGGCUGACUACAUUGAAAAAAAUUGCCUUUGGUUACAAUACCAUGACCAUUUCUGUACGACAAUCAUUUAAUAUUCUUUUAAUACAAAUACCUGAUGGUGACUAUUAUCUAGCUGUAUUAAGAGAAAAAUUUAUACAAUCAGAGUUCAUUCAUACCAAUAUAUCAUCAGAAAAUCUCUGUUAUCCAGUUCUUGAACUUUUUAAUAAUACUUUUCGUCAAUAUGAAUAUUUACGUCGAGUUAAAUAUUAUCCACUUUUAUGUCGUCAAUAUUCAAAAGUGAUGUGCUUCUAUGAUGAGUACAACAUGUGUGUCUGCGAUAGUGAUCGUUUUUCAAAUUGUUUCGAAUUUAAUAAUACAUUGAAAUAUGAUUGUAGUGGAAAAAAUCUUUGUUAUAAUGAUGGUCGUUGUUUUCUCAAUAAUGAAACUUGUCCAACAACAUUCAUAUGUGUAUGUAAUGAUUGUUUCUAUGGAAGCCAAUGUCAGUUUUCAACAAAAGAUUUUAUUUUUUCACUCGAUCCUAUUCUUGGAUAUCAUAUCAAACCAAAUAUUUCACUAAAUCAACAACCAUUUAUUAUCAUAUUCAGCAUUCUUAUCACUACAAUUAUGUUAAUUUUACAAUUAAUCAUGGGUUCAUUAUCUGUAGCAACAUUUAAAUUGAAAAAAUCAAGAGAAGUUGGUUGUGGCUAUUAUCUUCUUGCAUCAUCAAUUACUUCAAUGUGUAUGAUUAUUGUAUUAUUAAUUAAAUUUUGGCAACUUAUUCUUUCACAAAUGUCAAUCAUAACUAAUAGAUCAAUGCUUUCUAUUAAUUGUAAAUCAAUUGAAAUUAUUCUUAAAUCUUGUUUAGCAUCGACUGAAUGGCUUAAUGCAUGUGUAUCUAUUGAAAGAAUAUUUACUGUUAUCAAUGGUAUAUCAUUUAACAAAAAAGAAAGUAGAAUAAUGGCUAAACGAGUCAUUUUCGUUGUUAUUGUUGUAACUAUAAUUACUCAUAUUCAUGAUCCGCUGAGACGACGAUUAAUUGACGAUUUAGAUGGAGAUCAACAACGAGUAUGGUGUUUAUCUCAAUAUUCAUCUACAUUAACUAAGUACAAUACAUUUAUUACUAUUUUUCAUUUUCUUAUUCCUUUUGCAAUUAACAUGACAUCUGCUUUUAUAAUUAUUAUACUAACAGCUCGUAGUCGUACAAAGAUAAAGACGAAAGAAACAUUCAUGAAGAAUUUUCGAUUAAAAAUUAAACAAAAUAAACAUAUUAUUAUUGCACCUAGUGUUUUGUUAUUAUUAGGUUUACCACGUCUAACUAUUUCGUUCACAUCAGGAUGUAUGAGAUCACCACGUCAAUCUUGGUUAUAUCUUAUUGGAUAUUUUGCAUCUUUUAUUCCAUCAGCGUUAACAUUGAUUAUAUUUAUUUUACCAUCAGAAACCUACAAAAAAGAAUUCGAUAAAAUAAGACAAGCAUGGUUUCGACGAUUCUGUUCAAGAUCUUAA